AUGGUGCUCGAGGCAGUGAUGCUCUGCAUCGACAACAGCGCCUACGCCCGAGAUGGGGAUUUAGUCCCCUCUCGCCUGGCUGUUCAGGAAGAAGCUGCUGGCCUCAUCGCCGGAGCCAAGACGAGCAUGCACCAAGAAAACGCGGUCGGCGUCCUGACCUACGGCGAAGAGAGGGUGUCCGUUCAUCUCUCGCCAACGAACGACAUGGGCGCAGUUCUCUCCGCUCUUCACGGUCUGCGCUGUGGGGGUGAUUCUGACUUUGUCCGCGGCAUCCAAAUCGCCCAGCUGGCUUUGAAACACCGCAUGAACAAGAACCAGAAGCAGCGCAUUAUCGCGUUCGUGGGAAGCCCCAUCAAAACCGCGGAAAAACAGCUUGUGACGCUCGGAAAGCAGCUGAAAAAGAACAACGUGUCACUUGAUUUGAUUAGCUUCGGCGAGGUGGACCACAAUGCCCAGAGACUGAAGCUUCUGAAUGAAGCCGUCGACAGCAACGGAACCAGCUGCCUUUUGGAGUGCCGAGCUGAAGCUGGGCAGAUGCUGAGCGAGGUGAUUCUUGCCUCGAGCCUGUUGCGGGAUCCGGAGACAGGCGCGAGCUUGCGGAGCGUUCCGGGAGUCGGCGGAGACUCCGGACCUGCAGGCGGCGUGGGGGCGAUGAACGAGUUCGGCGUCGAUCCGAACACAGAUCCGGAGUUGUACAUGGUCCUCCAACUCUCGCUGCAAGAGGAACAGAACCGCGCAGCGCGUCUCCAGGAGCAGACGACUCCCAGCGCCGGAGAAGACGCCCGAGGGGCGUCAGAGCAAGGCGGAGCGAACGGUGCCAGCGCGGCGGCCGGUGCCUCGAGUGUCCCAACAGCUGCUCAGAUCGAAAUGAUGGAGGACAUCGACGACGAGUUACGGCAGGCGCUUCUUCUUUCGCUCCAGGACUACAGCGGCCAGCCUCCAGCUUCUGAGGACGCGGAGAUGGAAGCCGCGCCGGCGCCGAGCGACGGCGGGGAGGGCGAGAAGAGCGCCGCAGACCAACCGUCAGAAGCGAACGAGGUUGGAGAAGAGAAGAGAGAACAACCAGCUGACAGCGAGCUAGCCCACGUCCUCGGCUCUCUGCCGGGCGUCGACGUCUCGGACCCUCGACUCCAAGAAGUCCUCAGAGAGGCCGCAGGCAGUCCAGGCGACGCGGAAGGGGAGACAGAGAAGAACAACGGGGGCAGCUGA